UGCGGCUCCAAGUUUUCAGUGCGUGAUCGGCGCUCCAACCUGCAACUUGUGCCCCCGGAAAAAGAGGCAGACAGACAGCGCGAUAGUACGAAAGUCGGCGAUUAUACAUACUCGUACAUAUGUCGGCAUAAUAGUAAUUCUCAAAAAAAAGCAGUAAAUAAUCAGCACGACCGAGUAGUGAUAAGAACAAGUUCCACAAUACCAGCCGAAAUUCUGCCAAUUGCGACUAUUUAAGACGAACUCUCUUAACCAUGCAGCCAGUUCUGGAAGUGAGCAUUUACACCCUGCUGAAGAUGGCGUUCAUUUGGCAGCUCAUCUCGGCGGCAAUCUACCUAGUGGGAUUGCUCUCCAUCGGCGUAUUUCUGUACGACAACCUCAAGUCCUUGGUCAGCAUAAUCAAGGCCAUCCUGGAACCCUACUUCCAGCCGCACUUACCAAAGACAUUGGUGGAAAAGUUCGGACAAUGGGCAGUGGUGACUGGCGCCACCGAUGGCAUUGGAAAGGAGUAUGCCAGGGAGCUGGCUCGACAGGGUAUCAACCUGGUGCUCAUCUCGCGGACGAAGGAGAAGCUUAUUGCGGUGAGCAAUGAGAUUGAGAGCCAGCACAAAGUGAAGACCAAGUGGAUUGCAGUGGAUUUCUGCAGGGGACGCGAGGUGUACGAUCAGAUCGAAAAGGAACUGGCGGGCAUUGACGUGGGCAUUUUGGUCAACAACGUGGGUAUGAUGUACGAGCAUCCGGAGAGCCUUGACCUUGUGUCAGAGGAUCUACUUUGGAACCUGCUCACCGUCAACAUGGGAUCGGUCACCAUGCUCACCCGCAAGAUCCUGCCCCAGAUGAUUGGUCGCCGAAAGGGAGCCAUUGUCAACCUGGGGUCCUCCUCCGAGCUCCAGCCACUGCCCAACAUGACCGUCUAUGCGGCGAGCAAGAAGUUUGUUACCUACUUUUCCAAGGCCCUCGAACUGGAGGUGGCGGAGCACAACAUCCACGUGCAGCUGGUGAUGCCCAACUUUGUGGUCACCAAAAUGAAUGCCUACGCCGAUCGCGUAAUGCAGGGUGGUCUGUUCUUCCCGAACGCAUAUACUUUUGCCCGGUCCGCCGUAUUUACACUGGGAAAAACGAGCGAGACCAACGGCUUCUGGACCCAUGGAAUUCAGUAUGCCUUUAUGAAACUGGCUCCCCUGCCGAUCCGCACAUUCUUGGGCCACCAACUCUUCAAGCGACUGAGAAUCGAGGCGCUCGAGCAAAAGCAAAAGAAACUGAAGCUUACUUAAGUUGUUAAGCUAGGUUAGGAGUCAUGUAAAUAUUUGGUUCUUAGUCAUAAGGCUUAAACUAUUAGCUAGAGGAAAAAACUUUUGUACAAAGCCAUGAAAAAAUUGAAAAUGUAAAACAAAAGAUAAAAGACACGUCCAAAAACCGGCUGGCAAACUCAAUUGCCAAAAUGCACUGCCGGAUUGCAUAAGCGCUGCAAUUUGGCCAAGGAGUGGAGGGGCUUGGGCUUCGAACGGUUUUAGCCGUGAAACCGGUUGGCCAGCGCGCGAAACUGCUGACCGACAAAAUUGCAAAGUGGCCUACUGCAGUCGGAAGCCGCCAGAAGACCAACGAUGACUGGGUAUCCGCUUCAUUGCCUGCACUUUCUGCUUGUUUUACCAUUUGUAUAAAAGGGUAUACUACAUAUGUUGAAAAGUAUGUUACAAGCAGAGGGAAUCUCGAGAGCUGUAAAAGCCUAAAAGUAGAUACUAGAUACAUGCAAUCUGUAAACACGUUUA